UUAUUUUAGAAUGUUGGUACUUUCCUCACGUUUACACGUGUGAAACAUCAUUCGUUCCUACUUGUACAGUAGUUACUUCUACAUAUAAAAUAAAUUUGUGUAUGGAUUGUACAUAAAUACAAACUUGUUAAGUUAUGACAUUGCUUUUUUGAUAUUUAUAUAUCAGUUUUUGUGUAACAAUCUAUACAUAUAUAUAUAUAUAUAUAUAGUUAUUAUAAACUGUAUAAGAAUUCAUAAUGCACGGUCGUGUUAAAGUACGCACAACUGCUGAACAAGAGGAAAUAAAAAAGAAAGAAAGAGCAAAAAAAUUAGUUCACUAUAGAACUGCUAUGACAGAGAUAUUUAGAAAGAGAGAAAAUAAAAUAUGGGACGACGAAUUGUUAUUAUUAACGGAGAAAAUCCUUUUACAAAAUCCAGAUGUUUAUACAUUAUGGAAUAUACGUCGUGAAGUAUUUCAAAAUAAUAAAAACAUUUGGAACGAAGAAGAGUAUACAAGUAUGCUUGAAAAAGAAUUAACAUUGAGUGAGAAUUGUUUAAAAAAUAAUCCAAAGUCAUAUAGUGUGUGGCAUCAAAGAUGGUGGGUAAUGGAACACAUACAAAAACCUGAUUGGGAAAAAGAAUUAACAUUAUGUACAAAAUGUCUUAAUCUUGAUGAAAGAAAUUUUCAUUGCUGGGAUUAUAGACAAUAUGUGGUAGAGAAAGCAGGAAUAUCUGAUCAUGCAGAAUAUGAAUUUUCUACUACGAAAAUAUUAAAUAAUUUUUCUAAUUACUCGUCGUGGCAUUAUAGAAGUAAAAUUUUAACAAAAUUAUUUUAUAAUGACUCCGAAGAAACACCGGUUAUGCAACAAAAACGGGAAGAAGAACUUGAACUCGUGAUGAAUGCAACAUUUACGGAUCCUAAUGACUCCAGUGCAUGGUUUUAUCAAAGAUGGCUUUUAGAUAAUUAUAAACCUAAAUCUCAUAGUAUAUUAUGGAGAUCUCGUGUUACAAAAGACAUGGUCACUGCUGUAUUUAAUAGCGAUAUAUCUGGUGAAUCUGAAAAUAUUUCAUUAUUUGUAGAUAAUAAUAAAAUAGAUAUUCAAUGGAAAUCAUACAGAGAAAAAAUAUUUUCUAAAGUAUGGACUGGAAUUUUGUCUACUUCGUUAGAGAAUUUAAGUGAAUUAGAAAAUGUUUAUAUAAAUAUAAAUGAUAAAAAUUAUCAAUUAUAUUACUCGCAAAAGGAAUUUGCAUGGAUAUAUAAAUCUGAUUCAUUGAUAAUUAAUGAGAAUCAUAACAAGGAACAAUUAAAUGAACAAUUAGAAAGUUACAAGCAAUUAGCAAAAAUGGAACCAAAUAACAAAUGGGCUAUAUUAAUUGGUAUCUUUCUUAUGAAAAAAAUUGAUUUUAUUAAUUUUAAUAAUAUUAUAUUAGAAGAUCUAAAUACAUUAUCGCGUAUUGAUUUUCUACGUUCAAAUUAUUAUAAGGAUUUACGUAGUAAAUAUUUAUUGGAAUAUACAUUUAAAAAAAUAUGGGAAGAAGAAAAUGAUUCAGAAAUCCAAACAAAAAUUGAUUUAUCUGGAUUAAAUUUAACAAUGCUUCACAAUAGUCAUUAUUUCACAUUUUUUGAAGAAGUAAAUCUUAGUGCCAAUAAUUUAGAAACAUCGUUGAAUCAACUCUCAAGUUUUCAAUAUUGUAAAAAAUUAUCAUUGUCUAGUAAUCAGAUAAAGUCUUUGAAACAUUUUCCUACAUUAAAAAAUCUAGAAUUCUUAUCUUUACGGAAUAACGAAAUAUCAGAUAUAAAUGAAAUAUCAGAUCUCAUAAAAAGGCACAAUUUAAUGAAAUUAGAUUUAAGGGAUAAUCCUAUUUACGAUUUGUAUAAAAAUGAUCUUGGCAUCGCUAAAGUUAUUCAAACAAACGUGAUAUUGAUUUGAAAAUAUUAUAAAAUUGAAAAUAUCGCGGUUUAAUACAAAAUUGUAUUUCUUAAAAUUAUUUAUGUACACAUACAUACAUAAGCACACACACACACACACACACACACAUAUGU